AUGGAGGCCAGAUCGGUUGCCCUCAUUGUGGAGGGAAUGACAUGCAAUUCCUGCGUCGAGACCAUCGAACAACACGUCGGGAAAAUCAGUGGUGUCCACAGCAUCCAAAUAUCUCUAGAGGAAAAGAACGCAGCCAUUAUUUAUGACUCCAAACUACAAACUCCAGGAACUCUCCAGGAGGCAAUAAAUGACAUGGGAUUUGAUGCUACAUUAGCCAAUUCAACCCCUCAACCUGUUUUACUUGACACAAUUUUUCUUACUAUUCCUCCUGAGUCGCCCCUAACAUCUAAACAGAUCCGUAGUACACUCCUGACAAACAAAGGUGUUGUGGAUGUCAAAGUGUCCUCUGACCAAAAAACUGCCGUGGUGACUUUCAUUUCCUCCGUGAUAAAUAGUAAGCAGAUUAUCCAAAUGGUCCCAGGGGUAGAUUUAGGAAUUUCGGCACCGGAGGUGGCUCCUGGCACGGGCGACGCUGCCGCGAGCAGCGCGGUGCUGCGCCUCAGGGUGGAGGGCAUGACCUGCCACUCGUGCACCAGCACCAUCGAGGGCAAGGUCGGCAAGGUGCAAGGAAUCCAGCGCAUUAAAGUGUCUCUGGACAAUCAGGAAGCUGUUAUCGUGUAUCAGCCUCAUGUCAUUACAGCAGAAGAAAUAAAACACCAAAUUGAAGCAGUGGGUUUCACAGCAUCUUUCAAAAAGCAGCCCAGACCUCUCAAGCUCACUGCUCUUAACGUGGAAAGUUUGAAGAACGCUCAAACCAAAGACUCCAAAGCAACACUGAGAGAAAACUCCAAAAAUGAGAAUGAUACAAAGACCGUUGUCUUCCGAAUCGAUGGCAUGCACUGCAAUUCAUGUGUCCUCAAUAUUCAGAGCACUAUAUCAGCACUCCCGUCAGUAACAAAUAUAGUUGUUUCAUUAGAGAAGAAAUCUGCUAUUGUAAACUACAACCCAAACUUGGUUAGUGUAGGUGUACUGCGAAAGGCCAUAGAGGCAGUGUCUCCAGAGACUUUUAAAGUCAGCCUUCCUGAUGAGUGUGAAAACGUAGCGCUGUUCGCCGCGGGGGCGUCUCCAGCCAGAUCGCUCCCGGGUGCUGUGAAGGAUGCGAGCCAGCCCCUUACUCAAGUUGUUGUGAUCAACAUUGAAGGAAUGACUUGUAACUCCUGUGCGCAGUCCAUUGAAGGAGUCAUAUCCCAAAAGGCAGGUGUCAAAUCGAUACAUGUGUCUCUCUCAAAUCGUAAUGGGACUAUAGAAUAUGACCCUCUACAAACAAGCCCAGAAGACUUGCGAUCCUCGAUAGAGGAUAUGGGGUUUGAUGCAUCUUUAUCAGCAAAGACAGAACUCCCCGUGGUCAGAACUCGGCCUUUGCCUGAAGUGAAGCUGGAACCUCACAAAGCAGAGGCUGUUUCCAAAGUGUCUGCGCUCCAUGUUGCUGAACGAGAGACGAAGGCUGUGUCCAAGUGCUAUGUCCAAGUCACAGGCAUGACAUGUGCUUCGUGUGUAGCAAACAUUGAGAGGAAUUUGAGACGGGAAGAUGGAAUACAUUCAAUACUUGUGGCCCUAAUGGCAGGGAAGGCAGAAGUGAGGUAUAAUCCUGCUAUCAUACACCCCUCCACUAUUGCGGAGCUUAUUCGGGAGCUGGGAUUUGGAGCUACAGUUAUGGAAAAUUGUGAUGAAGGGGAUGGAAUUCUGGAACUUGUGGUGAGAGGAAUGACUUGUGCUUCUUGUGUGCAUAAAAUAGAAUCCACCCUCAUGAAGACUAAUGGAGUGUUAUACUGCUCGGUGGCUCUUGCAACUAAUAAAGCACACAUUAAAUAUGAUCCUGAACUUGUAGGUCCUCGAGAUAUCAUACAAAUGAUAAAGGAUUUGGGUUUCACUACAUCCUUAGUCAAAAAAGAUAGAUCUGCUAGUCAUUUAGACCACAAACAGGAAAUAAGACAGUGGAGGAGGUCGUUCCUUGUGAGUCUGUUUUUCUGUAUCCCUGUCAUGGGGCUGAUGAUUUACAUGAUGAUUAUGGACAGUCAGCUUGCAGAUGCUCACACACAUCACAACAUGAGCGCUGAGGAAAUGGAAACCCUUCAUUCCUCCAUGUUCCUGGAACGUCAGCUCCUACCAGGAUUAUCUGUUAUGAAUUUUCUGUCGUUUUUGCUCUGUGUCCCUGUACAGAUGUUUGGAGGCUGGCACUUCUAUAUUCAAGCGUACAAAGCAGUGAAGCACAAAACUGCAAACAUGGACGUGCUCAUUGUUUUGGCAACUUCCAUUGCCUUCGUCUACUCGUUCGUUAUCCUUCUAGUUGCGAUGGCCGAGAAAGCCAAAGUAAACCCUGUGACUUUCUUUGACACACCUCCCAUGCUCUUUGUGUUCAUCUCCUUGGGCCGGUGGCUAGAGCAUGUUGCAAAGGGUAAAACAUCAGAGGCACUCGCAAGACUUAUUUCAUUACAAGCUACCGAAGCAACUAUUGUUACCUUGGGCCCUGAUAACAUUCUCUUAAGUGAAGAGCAAGUUGAUGUUGAACUGGUUCAGCGGGGUGAUGUUGUCAAAGUGACUCCAGGAGGCAAGUUCCCUGUGGAUGGCCGUGUCAUUGAAGGGCACUCUAUGGUAGAUGAAUCCCUCAUCACAGGUGAAGCGAUGCCUGUGACUAAGAAGCCUGGCAAUACAGUAAUUGCAGGUUCCAUUAAUCAGAAUGGGUCACUGCUGAUCUCGGCAACCCACGUGGGAGCUGAUACAACUCUAUCCCAAAUUGUCAAGCUUGUGGAGGAGGCCCAAACAUCAAAGGCUCCUAUCCAGAAAUUUGCGGACAAGCUUAGUGGCUAUUUUGUUCCUUUUAUUGUGGUUGUCUCUGUGGUUACUCUUUUUGCCUGGAUUAUUAUUGGAUUCGUUGAUUUUGAAAUAGUAGAAAAAUACUUCCUGGGCUACAACCAGAGUAUUUCCGCGGCGGAGGUGGUGAUCCGCUUCGCGUUCCAGGCCUCCAUCACCGUGCUGUGCAUCGCGUGUCCCUGCUCGCUGGGGCUGGCCACCCCCACGGCGGUGAUGGUGGGCACUGGAGUAGGAGCUCAGAACGGCAUCCUCAUCAAAGGCGGGGAGCCGCUGGAGAUGGCCCACAAGGUCAAGGUGGUUGUAUUUGACAAAACGGGGACGAUUACUCACGGGACGCCAGAAGUCAUGCAGGUGAAGUUCCUGGUGGAGAGUAACCGAAUACCACGUAAUAAAAUGCUGGCAGUUUUGGGGACUGCCGAAAGUAGCAGCGAACACCCUCUUGGCGUGGCAAUAACAAAAUACUGCAAAAAGGAAUUGGACUCAGAAACUCUUGGGACAUGUACAGAUUUCCAGGUAGUUCCAGGCUGUGGCAUUAGCUGUAAAGUCACCAAUAUUGAACCAUUACUCUACCGGAAGAAAAAAAUGAUAGAAGAAAAUAAUAUUAAAAAUGUGAUACUUGUGAAAAUUGAGGAAAGCCCCAAAGAAUCAACACAGCCUGCUUUGAUCAUUGAUGCUGACCUAACAACUACUUCAACAGCUCAGAAAUACUCUGUUCUCAUUGGGAACCGGGAAUGGAUGACCAGAAAUGGCCUUCUUGUUAAAAGCGAAAUAGAUAAAGCCAUGAUCGAGCAUGAGCGGAGAGGUCGCACAGCAGUCCUGGCAGCUAUUGAUGGAGUGCUUUGUGGCCUGGUAGCUAUUGCGGAUACCGUGAAACCAGAAGCUGAGCUGGCUGUGUACACUUUGAAGAACAUGGGAUUAGAAGUUGUCCUAAUGACUGGUGAUAACAGCAAAACAGCAAGAUCUAUUGCCUCUCAGGUUGGCAUCACCAAAGUGUUUGCAGAGGUUCUUCCAUCCCACAAAGUAGCCAAAGUGAAGCAACUGCAAGAUGAAGGAAAACGAGUGGCCAUGGUUGGAGAUGGCAUCAAUGACUCCCCAGCUCUUGCUAUGGCCAACGUGGGAAUUGCUAUUGGUAAAGGCACUGAUGUAGCCAUUGAGGCAGCUGAUGUGGUUCUAAUUAAGGACGAUUUGAUGGAUGUUGUGGCAAGUAUAGAUUUAUCCAGGAAGACUGUCAAAAGGAUCCGCAUCAACUUUGUCUUUGCUCUAAUUUAUAACCUUAUUGGAAUUCCCAUAGCUGCGGGGGUCUUUCUGCCCAUCGGUUUGGUUUUGCAGCCCUGGAUGGGAUCUGCAGCGAUGGCUGCCUCCUCUGUUUCUGUUGUGCUCUCUUCUCUGCUGUUGAAGACGUACAAGAAGCCAAGUUCUGAGAAACUUGAGUUCCAGGCCCGUGGGCAAAUAAGACACAAGAGUCCAUCACAAAUUAGUGUCCACAUUGGAAUAGAUGAAACUGGAUCAGGCUCUCCUAAACUGAGCUUAAUGGAUCGAAUCAUCAACUACAGCAGAGCCUCUAUAAAUUCUCUCUUCUCAGACAAGCGUUCAGUGAACAGCAUCGUUCUUAAUGAACCAGACAAACACUCACUUCUGGUGGGAGAUUUUGGAGAAGAUGAUGACACAGCGUUGUGAGAGACUUGGGAGGGGGAAAAAAAGGA